UCGGCCUCCGUAGGCGAGCACGGAUUCUGUGCGAGGGGCGGAGAAGUAAAAGUCGUUCGCGGAAGUAAACGCAAGUUUUCGAAACAUCUUGUGAUUUCAGAGAAAGACAGGAUCCUGCAGCUGGCUCCUGAUCGUUGGACACCCAGUUCCUGGAACUUGACCUAGCAGCUUACUUGCCGAUCUUGGGAUUCAUCGGCCUUUGCAGCCUGGAUCUUGAGUUCACCAGCCCCUGCAGCUACAUGAGUCAGGAGAAGCCUCCAGCCUGACCCAUGGAUUUGGGACUUUCCAGCCUGUACAACCACGUGACCCAUUUCUUUGAUUCUGCAGGCACUGACUCUCCAGCCACAAAAGAAUCACGUGAAGGAAGAAGGAAGAGGUUCCAGGAUUUGGAUAUUGUCAUUUCUGGGGACAUCCUUCAAGGGAGACUGAAAUUUCUGAACAAAAAUUAGAGCUGAUCUAGAAAAGACAAAGACAAAGCAUCCCAGUUGUUGGCAAUGUCCCAAGAACAAAAGAAAAUGGUCAAAACCCAGGAGUCACUGACAUUCAGCGAUGUGGUUGUGAAGUUCACCUGGGAGGAGUGGCAGCUCAUGGACCCUGCUCAGAAGAAUCUGUACUGGGCUGUGAUGUUGGAGAACUGUAACAACCUGAUGUCCAUUGGGUAUCGAAUUAGCAAACGCGAUGCACUCUCCAGGUUGGAACAAGAACAACUAUGGACUAUAUUAGAUGAAAGCCAUAGUGGAAUCUUUUCAGAAAUCUGGAAUGUUGAUGAUCAUCUGCUUGGGCACUCACAAAAUGAAAGAAGGGUGGUCUGCAUGGAACAGUGCUAUGAACAUAAUGCAUUGGAAAGUAUCGUUCAUUGGCACAAAAAUCAUUUUCCUUUAAGGGAAAAUCAUGGUAUGUUUGACUUACAUGAAAAAGCUGUGGAAUCAAAUUUAACCUUACCAGCACUCAAUCAGACCAGAAGUGAUGAAAUAAAAGACUCUGCUGAGCCUAAUGGAAAUGAGAAAACCUUUCUCCGUGCUGUUCAGGAGCGAUUUUGUACUGAAAUGAAAUUCCCUGAGAGUCAAAAAUCCAACAAUGUUAAGUCCCAACUCAUUAAGCAUCAGAAAACUCACAAAAUAGAGAAACCACAUGUAUGUAGUGAAUGCGGCAAAGCCUUCAUCAGGAAGUCUUUACUCGCUGAGCAUCAGAUCAUUCACACAGGAGAGAAACCCUAUAGGUGCAGUCUAUGUGGGGAAACCUUCUUCAAAAAGUUCAAACUCAUUGAACAUCAUCACACAACUCAUAAAGGACAAAAACCGUAUAAAUGUACAGAUUGUGGCAAAGCCUAUUUCCGUGAAUCACAGCUCAAUAUACAUCAGAAAACUCAUAUGGCAGAGAGACCUUAUAUAUGCCUUGAAUGUGGCAAAGGCUUUAUCCGGAAGACAGAUCUCACUAUUCAUCAACGCAUUCAUACUGGAGAAAAACCCUAUAUAUGCAGUGAGUGUGGCAAAGGCUUCAUCCAGAAGGGAGAUCUCACUGUUCAUCAGCGAACUCAUACGGGAGAGAAACCCUAUAUAUGUAGUACAUGUGGAAAAGGCUUUACCCAGAAGGGAAAGCUCACUAUUCAUCAAGGAAUUCAUACUGGAGAGAAACUUUAUAUAUGCAGUGAAUGUGGAAAAAGCUUCAUCCAGAAAAGAAAUCUCACUAUUCAUCUACGAACUCAUACUGGAGAGAAACCCUAUAUAUGUUGUGAAUGUGGAAAGGGUUUCACCCAGAAGAGAGAUCUCACUAUUCAUCAGCUAACUCAUACUGGAGAGAAACCAUAUAUGUGUCAUGAAUGUGGAAAAGGCUUCAUCCAGAAGAGAGAUCUCACUAUUCAUCAGCGAACUCAUACUGGAGAGAAACCGUAUAUAUGCCAUGAAUGUGGAAAAGGCUUUAUUCAGAAGAAAGAUCUCACUAUUCAUCAGCGAACUCAUUCUGGAGAGAAACCCUACAUAUGCAGUGAAUGUGGAAAAGGCUUCAUUUAUAAAGGAGAUCUCACUGUUCAUCAAAGAAUUCAUACUGGAGAGAAACCCUAUACAUGCACAACAUGUGGAAAAGGCUUUAUCCGUAAAAAAUAUCUCCUUGUUCAUCAACAGACUCAUUCUGGUGAGAAACCCUAUGUAUGCAGUGAAUGUGGAAGAGGCUUCACCCAGAAGGGAAAUCUCAUUACUCAUCACCGAAUUCAUACUGGUGAAAAACCCUAUGUGUGCAGUGAAUGUGGUAAAGCCUUCAGUCAGAAGACAUGCCUCAUAGCACAUCAGAGAUGUCACACAGGAAUGACUCCCUUUUUAUGCAGUGAAUGUGGAAAAUUUUAUUCUCAGAAGUCAAGUCUCAUUAUACAUCAGAAAAUUCACACAGGCGAGAAACCCUUUAAAUGUGGUGAAUGUGAGAAGGCCUUCGAUAAGAAGCCAAAGCUCAUUGUACAUCAAAGAUCUCAUAAGAGAGAUACCCUAUGGCUACAGUGAGUGUGGAAAAACUUUUACCUACAUGUCUUCUCUUUUUUAGCACAAAAGAAUACACAUUAGAGAGAAAUGUGUAGAUUCAGUCAAGGUGGAAGACCCUUCCACAGCAAGGAGAAAACCCCUGUUACAGUGACUAUGCAGCUGCCUUCUGUGGCAGCUCAGACAUAUUGAGCACCAGUGGGUUCCUAACAAAUAGGAACAUAGUCCAUGUGGGACAGCCUGUUGCUAAAUGUGAACCUUCAGGAGAUAACAGAGAAUUUGUACAGGAGAGAAACGUUAUGAAAGCAGCCAAGGUGGUAGUGCCUUCAGUGAUCAGUUACCUCUUAUUUUAUGUCGCAUAAAACAGGUUUGUGAUGUUGGAAAAGAGCACUGAAUAUAUCAUGGACCGCCGAAAGAAUGAACAAAUCUGUCUUGGGAGAAGUACAGCCAGAAGGCUUCUUAGAAGAAGGAUGGAGAGACUACAUCUCACAUACAUUGGACAUGUUAUCAGGAGGGACCAGCCCUUGGACAAGAACAU